CCUCCGAAAACUUUGUCUUGGACGAAGAAGAUGAGUGAAAAACACAAACAUGAAAGUGCAGUGUUUGUCCUGGCUGCGGUUGGGUUAGCUCUUAUAACCAUCCUCACCGGGUGGAAGUUAAAACAGCUGAAAUACAGACUUAUAAAUGAACCUGGAGUUGCUCUGUUUUAUGGUAUGCUUCUGGGAUUAAUAGCAACAUUUUUGCCACCUGAUCAGGCUGAGCAUAUGGGCAACAUGGGGAAUAUGAGUCUAAACAGCACACCUCACAUGGUGACAGUCAACGUCACGACCAAUGAUCACUGUCCCAGACAUAUGGAGAAGGAGACCUUUGAUACCGAGGUCCUUUUCAAUCUGUUCCUGCCACCCAUCAUCUUCCACGGAGCUUACACCCUCCAUCAGAAACGAUUUCUUGACAAUCUGGGAUCCAUUGCAACUUUUGCAUUUUUGGGCACUAUCAUCAGCUGUGCGACUAUCGGGGCCUGCAUCUACGGAUUCACCAGGCUGAUGGUAAUGCUGGGCCGAGCAGCAGAUGGAGACUUCUUCCUGACUGACUGCCUCCUGUUUGGUGCCAUCAUGUCAGCCACUGAUCCAGUAUCCGUCCUCGGCCUGUUGUCAGAACUGCAUGUGGACCUUGAACUGCACACUCUGCUUUUUGGCGAAAGCGUCCUAAAUGAUGCCGUGGCCAUCGUCUUGACACAUGCCAUCACAUCCUACAGCCAGAUGGGUGUAGGACACACCUUCGACCCGCCUACAUUCUUCCUUUCUCUUGGUUAUUUUCUUGGAGUGCUUGCCGGCUCCUUCCUCUUGGGUUUCGUAUUUACAGUCAUAACAGCCCUCCUAACCAAAUUCACUCGGCUGUAUGAGAGUCCACUGCUGGAAACCUCAGUCUUCUUCCUCUUGUCCUGGAGCAGCUUCCUAUUGGCUGAAGCCUGUGGACUUUCAGGUAUUGUAGCUGUGCUGUUUUGCGGCCUGAGCCAAGCAAGAUACACCAUUCACAAUUUAUCCUCCGCGGGCAAGACCAGGACUAAGCAGCUCUUUGAAGUCUUCAACUUCCUAGGGGAGAUUUUCAUCUUCAGCUACAUGGGAUACGUAUUGUUGACGUUUCCUCACCAUGUCUUCAAAGCUCUCUUCAUUUCUGGGACAUUUCUCUCUGUCUUCAUAUCAAGGGCGCUGCAUAUCUACCCAUUGUCUUUCCUGCUGAACUUAGGCCGUACAACCAAGAUUCCUUGCUCCUUUCAGCACUUUAUGAUGUUUUCAGGUUUAAGGGGGGUUGUGGCCUUUAGUCUGGCUGUAAGAGACACGUCCACUGAAGUGAGGCGUACCAUCCUCACCACCACGCUGCUGCUGGUCGGCUUCACCAUCUGGGCGCUGGGUAUGGCCACUGAACCCAUGCUGCGCUGUCUGGACAUCAGAGUGGGAGUGGAUGCAGAUGAAAAUCCAGAGGAGCUUUCUUUAGAGGUUGCAACAGGGAGCUCAGAUACAACUCCGGACCUUUGGAGCCGUCUGGACUACAAAUAUAUAAAACCUGCGUUGACCCAUUGUGGUCCGCCGCUGACCGACUCUCUGCCACAAUGGUGUGGGAUAUUUGCCAGACUCUUCAGCAGCCCCUAUGUCCACAAGGAUGAGGAGCAGCUGUGUGAGACUGCCCUGCACAAGACGACAUUAUCUGCGAUUUGGAAAAAACAGAGGACCCCCUGUAUGCGAGGCCGGUGA